AUGGCGCAGACCAAGGAAGAACAGCAGAAGCAGGCCUACGCAGCCACGCUGCAGCGUCUCGAUCGCAUCCGCAACCACCUUGACAAGCGUCCUCGUUCGGGUCGUCUUGCCGGCAAGGUAGCCAUCAUCACCGGUUGUGGUAGUGUCUCUGGUAUCGGUCGAGCUACAGCGCUUCAAUUCGCGCACGAAGGCGUCAAGCACCUCUACGUGUGCGACAUUGACGAGGAGAACCUCCCCUCCCUACGCACCACCAUCACCACGCGCUAUCCCGAUGUCAAAUGCACACCCAUCGUCUCCGAUGCAGCAUCUGAAUCCUCCGUCACCUCGAUCAUCGACCAAGCUGUUUCCGAGAAUGGUCAUCUCGACAUCUUCUUCGCCAACGCCGCUCGCGCCACCGGCGCCCCCAUCUCCGCCACCGACGUCGAAGACCUCGAAACCACGCACCACAUCAACGUCACCUCGUGCUUCCUCGCGUGCAAGUACGCGAGCGAGGCGAUGCUCAAAACCCACCCGCAGCACAAACCUGAGUCGUCCGGUUCGAUUAUCAUGACUGCCUCUGUAGCCGGUCUUCGCAGCGGAGCAGGUAGCGUCGACUACUCCGCCUCCAAGGCAGCCGUGAUCAGUCUUGCACAGACAACCGCCUGGCAGCUGCAGAGGACGAAUGUGCGGGUCAACGCGGUGUGUCCCGGGCUGAUCGAGACGGGUAUGACUAUGCCCACGUUCGAAAUGGCGAGGGAGAGAGGCACCGCGGGCAAGAUCGGUCAGUUGAACCCCACGGCGAGGUACGGUGUCGCGGCGGAGAUCGCUAAUGCGGUGACGUUCUUGGCGUCCGACGAGGCGACGUAUGUCAACGGAGUGGCGUUGCCGGUCGAUGGUGGGUUGCAGGCUAGUUUGCCCGUCGUUCCGGGCAAGUUUCACUAA